GUUUCCUUUUCCUUCUAGGUCUGCAAUUCCUAGUACUCUUGUACUAGGCCCAGAGCUGCAAUCCAGUGUGUGCCAGGAGACGAAAGUUGUUGAGCAAAAAAAGAAAAAGCGGGAGAACAAAAAGGGGAAGUCAUAAUAUCCACUUAAUUCAAUGAAAAUGGCCUUUAGCAAUCUGACAUCAAAAGCUGCAUUGCUUUAUGAUGAAUGGAUUAAACGUGCUGAUCCAAGAGUGGAAGGCUUCCCACUCAUGUCUUCACCUGUGCCACAGACUAUUAUCAUUGGAGCCUAUAUUUAUUUUGUAACAUCUUUGGGGCCAAAAGUCAUGGAAAACAGAAAACCUUUUGAACUCAGGCCAAUAAUGGCAUUUUACAAUUUUGGUGUAGUAGCCCUCUCAAUUUAUAUGACUUAUGAAUUUCUUAUGUCUGGCUGGGCCACGGGUUAUUCAUUCCAAUGUGACCUUGUUGACUACUCCAGGUCACCUACAGCUCUGAGAAUGCUUCGGACUUGUUGGCUAUAUUACUUCUCCAAGUUCAUUGAAUUAUUAGACACUAUUUUUUUUGUUCUGCGAAAGAAAGAGAGCCAAAUUACAUUCCUGCAUGUCUUGCAUCACUCUAUCAUGCCAUGGACCUGGUGGUUUGGAGUCAAAUUUGCUGCAGGUGGAUUAGGAACAUUCCAUGCUCUAUUAAACUGUGUUGUGCACGUCAUCAUGUACACCUACUAUGGACUCUGUUCACUGGGACCAGCCUACUAUAAAUACUUGUGGUGGAAAAAACACAUGACAUCUAUACAGCUUGUCCAGUUUCUUAUGGUUACAGUUCACAUUGGACAAAUCUACUUUAUGGAUGAUUGUCCAUACCAGUAUCCAGUUUUCAUAUUCAUCAUUUGGCUGUAUGGCUCUAUGUUUUUAAUUCUAUUUCUUCACUUCUGGUAUCAUGCUUACAUCAGGGGCCAGAGACUGCCAAAGAUUAUGAAAAAUGGAAUGAGCAAAAGCAAACAUCAAUGAAGUAACCUCUCAUUUGUAUAAGCAUGUACAUCUCAUAUCAGUAACUUGUAUUACUUGACAAUCAAGAUAUUACGGUGCUUAUUAUACCAUGUACAUUUUAUAUGUUUUUUCAAAAACAAAAAAGAAUUUGUAUUUUUACAAUAAGUUAUUUGGGUUUCUGAUGUGGGUGGGGGGAGGGAUGAUUUUCUGAUUAAAGAUUUGCAGGUUGUCAGUAAGUUGCAUUUAUCUAGAGAAAGUUUUCUCUUUGCCUAGAAGAAAUGAAUAUUUUAAUUGCAUUCUUACAAGUUAGAUGCAUAUAAAUAAAAAGAUCUUCUUUAGAAAAAUGUGUAUGAUAAGUAUAGAAUACUUUGAGCAUUAAGAAAAGGUUAUAAAGAACAUUCAUUAUAACAGAUAUUAUAAACUGUUGAAACAAGUUUAAUUUUAUUAAAAUAGCCAUGAAAAAUUAUUGUUAUAUGCAUAACUUAGAGACUAAAAUACAUUUAAUAUAGUUAAUGUAUGUAAACAUUCUUAUUUUUGUACAUACUGAACCAUAUUAGAGAACAUAAGUUAAAUAAAAUCGUGGCAUAUUAAAGUGUGUUGAAACACAGAUGGAUUUUUGGAUUAUAAUGUCUUCUACUAAAAUGAUUUAAGUUAAUGUAGUUUUA